AUGCUCAGACUCAUUCGGUGGCAGAGUACCAUAGGCCGUCUGGCCCUGGCGGUGCUGCCUCUGAGCUUCAAAACGGCAGUGGAGACAGCGGAAAAGUUGGUUCAACCCAGCCCUAGGUUCUCGGACCCCUUUUCUAUCGUGUCCCACGAGAUGUCCAACCUCGCAAAGCUGAUUGCUCAAUUGAUCGGUCUGGGACACCCAACCUUGAACCGAGUCCUGCUGUACUAUUUUGAAGCUGAAGGCAAGAAUGUCAGACCUCUCAUUGUGUUAUUGUUGUCGAAGGCCUUGGCGGCUAUCCCUUUGUCGGAACGCAAUCGGAUAACCAUCGACACGUUCGACGUGGUGGACCAAUCUCAUUUUGCAGGUACUCCUACUCUGACACUGGUGGCUGGCAAAAGUGUUGACGACCUGAUCUCACCCCUCAGAGUGUUGCACGGCAUCAAUCCGAAGGUGAUCUUGGAUCCCUUGCUGAAACCCAUGGACCAGUUGCCGCAGUUCGACGCUGAAAAUGGGAUUUUACCCAAGCAAAGAAGACUUGCCGAGAUUGUGGAGAUGAUCCACACUGCCUCGUUACUUCAUGACGAUGUGAUCGAUCUUGCUGAUGCUCGUAGAGGGCGUCCUCUGGGCAAUAUUGCUUUCACCAAUAAAAUGGCAGUCCUUGCUGGUGACUUUUUGCUCGGUCGUGCUUCGGUCGCCAUUGCCCGAUUGCGGAACCCCGAAGUGAUUGAGCUUUUGUCCACGACUAUUGCCAACCUCGUCGAAGGUGAGUUCAUGCAAUUGAAGAACACUGUAAUGAAUCAGGACACAGAUAGCAUCAUAAACGAUGGUGAUCUUAAGAAGAUUCCCACCCCCACGGGUAAGGUCCCGGUUAAGCUGCAUGAAUACACUGUGCAAACCCCUCAAGACUUGGACCACGCGACCAACGUGAACGCUGCCUUCGAGUACUAUUUGCAUAAGACCUACCUUAAAACCGCGUCGCUCAUGCUGAAGCUGAGCAGAGCCGCUGCUGUUUUGCUGGGUUCGCAAGACGAUAUCAUUGAGCAAUGUUACCAGUUUGGGCGUAAUUUAGGUUUGUGUUUCCAAUUGGUUGAUGACAUGUUGGAUUAUACCCUGAGCGAUGCUACUUUUGGUAAACCUCUGCAGGCUGACCUCAAGUUGGGGCUUGCCACUGCCCCUAUCCUCUUUGCUUGGAAACAAAGACCUGAAUUAGGAGAAAUGAUCGGCCGCAAGUUCUCUGCCCCCGGUGAUGUUGAAGCUGCCAGACUGGCAGUGCGUGAAUGUCAAGGGCUAGAACAAACUCGGGAAAUGGCUCAGGAAUACUGUUCCCUGGCGUUAGCCAACCUUCGAGCAUUACCUGAAUCGGAUGCUCGUUCAGCCCUCGAGUUUUUGACCAAUCUGGUUAUGACCCGGAAUAAGUGA